GUAGGGGGGCCGAGAGGGAAACGGCGCGGCGGCGGAUCCCCACCCGUGAGCAUGGCGGCGUGGAUUCACGAAGACCGGAGAGAGCAGAAAGACAUGGAAAACACUAAUGUCGCUUGAAUUCAUCUGAUCAUAAAGGAUUAUAUUGUAAUUAAUGUAAUGUACCGAAAAUAGUCGGCGGGUUUUUUUUCUCCCAUAGGAUGGUGAGCUGAGCAGAGGAAAAGCACAAGUUACUGGUGAACGCAUCUGUUCAGCCGUUGUCCGUUGUGAAUUAUAGGCGCGUCUGGGCCGCCGGUGCACCGGGCGGCUCCGUGAACAUGCUGCGCCGCUGCGGGAUGCGUAUCUUUGUGCGAGGUUUGCGGAUGUCGGCGGACACUCUCGUUUAAACGCACUCAAACAUGAACAUAAUUUCCACGUCAAGUGCCGUGUGAGUUUAUUUGGAUUUUUACACACGUUCAGACAGGAGUGAUGCGUGAGUAUAAAGUGGUGGUACUCGGGAGCGGCGGGGUCGGUAAAUCUGCCCUCACCGUUCAGUUCGUGACCGGGACGUUUAUCGAGAAAUACGACCCGACCAUCGAGGAUUUUUACCGUAAGGAGAUCGAGGUGGACUCCUCGCCGUCGGUGCUGGAGAUCCUCGACACGGCGGGCACGGAGCAGUUCGCGUCCAUGCGGGACCUGUACAUUAAAAACGGACAGGGCUUCAUUCUGGUCUACAGUCUGGUCAACCAGCAGAGCUUUCAAGACAUUAAACCCAUGAGAGAUCAGAUCAUCCGAGUGAAGAGAUAUGAGAAGGUUCCUGUGAUCCUGGUGGGGAAUAAGGUGGAUCUGGAGAGUGAGCGGGAGGUGUCUGUGCGGGAGGGACAGGCACUGGCUGAGGAGUGGGGCUGUCCGUUCAUCGAGACCUCCGCCAAGAGCAAGACAAUGGUGGACGAACUCUUUGCUGAGAUUGUACGGCAGAUGGACUAUGCGGCACAGCCUGAUAAAGAUGAUCCAUGCUGCUCCUCCUGCAAUAUACAAUAACUCACAUUUCAAUAACUUUCAUAGACCUUCUUGUGUCUGUGGUUUUCCAUCAUUCUACGGACUGACAACAGCUUUUGUCACUUCAGAUUUGGGCUGACUCAACCACAGGAAGAGCACUUGCCUUAGGUCUCACAUUUCCCAUUUGAGCAGGAUCCUACAGUGGAGAUGUAUGGACUUAUAUGUUUUGGGUUUUUAGGUCUUGAUGAUUUUAUCUGAAUUUGUCACCAGGUGAGAGACCGAGAGAAGAAAAGGGUUCUUAGCCAUAUUAAAUUAUUUUUUCAAUAUUCAAAUACUUUCUCCUAUCCCACCUUUCUGUGGACAAUUACAAGUAAGCCGUUUGUAGGUUUAUUCCCCUAAAAUGUGUAAACAUUGUGGCACUAUCAAAACAUUGACACCGCCAACAUCGACUCAAGCAAUGGUGUAAGUUUGGGGCGGGACUAUCUUUUUCUUUGACCAAUGGCAGAUGGGGGUAGUGUUCGGUAAAGUUGAUUGAAAACAGUCAUUGUUUUUGGUGACUAGUGGCUAAGAAAUUAUACACCUCACCUAUAAUGAUCAGAUUUUAAUGAUCAAUUCAUUAAAGAACCCUCAAACUCAUGUUUCUCUAGUGGGCUGCCUAGCUAAACACCAUUUUAAAACUUCAUAGACAUGUUGCUGACACAAACGCAACUCCAAAAAGCAGGCAGAAUAAUUACUUAAUGUUGCGUUCCUUUCUUCUAAGGCAGCAUGCAUAAGGCUGUUCCAGAAUGCACGACGAUUAAUUAAAUAGUGCUGCAUUUUAUUUUCUUAAAUGUUGAAUGUUUAUCAUUAAUUGCGUACAUCUCCCUGGGUGCCGCCAUGUUCGCGUCUUUGCCAUUGCACUUUUCCAAAUGGAAAGUUAAAAAUUCAGACUUUCUCAGUUGAAUGCAGCAUAAGGCUCUUCAGACUGAAUGUGUUCUUGGGCUAAAAAAGCUAGAUGGAGAGUAACAAAUUCAACAAUGCAUUUUUAAGUUAACUUGACAUGGCGUCUGAAAAAACAAAGGACUUGAAACCAGGUGUGAACAACCCCCUAAGUCCCUAUCACUAAAUGGACAGGUCAUGGGGUGAAAGAAUUUUGUACCUGCACACCACUCCACACUAAGCUUUUGUUUGAAAAACAUUAAUUUAGCUAUGUUUACACCUUUAAUCCAUAGUAGAAGGGUGUUCUUCUCCAUCGAAAAUGGAGCAUUUCGAAAACGCUCUCCAUUACUGCAUACUUUGGAAAACAAUGACGUUAGGAAACUUUCUCUCUCGCUCUCUUUAUCACUCAUUUCUCAUACGUCUCUUCAGCAUCUCAGCCCCCUUUCUACACUCAUUAUUUUCAAUAUUCUGCCAUGAUUGUAUGGGUCAUUGAUGCUGAUGAUUAUUGGUGGACUUUAAAUACAUUUGGAAAGAGGUUGCCAGUUUUUCUUGGUACCCUCAUCCUGACUGAGAUUGAGUUUAGACCUCAGCGAUGAACAGAGAGAUUACGGAGAAUGAUGAUAUGCAUAUGAAUGGAUGUAUGUCUAUUUGAGUGUGUGUUUGAUAGAGAGCUCUGAGUUAUUAUUGAUUUUAUCAUUUUUAUGUGGACGUUUGCUCAACUCUCGUGAAUGACUGAACGGUGACACUCUUUUGUCUGGCACCUAAAUAAAGUGUAUCCAACACUCUC